CACAGGAUAUUAAAAAUACUAUAAAGUCUAUGCAAUUUUUGGCUGGCUCUAAUCUAAGGCUGUGAAGAAUUACAAAUCAAAGACUACUUAAAGUUGCGUUCCAUUAAAGCGAUCUGCCGGCCUAAAACACCUCGUUAUAGCAUUCAUAUCAAUGAUGAUUCAAACAAUCAGCAUGCGAAGCAGACACUUUACCACUGAGUUACUCCCCGGUGACGCCGCAGUGACUCCGCAGCAAGGAACAUAUUUACCUACUCCGCAGGGAGCUAUCGGCACCUAACUCGGACAGAAAAUAAUAAUCAAACAAUCAGUCAUUCAAGUUUUUUAUCGUAUUUUCGUUAUUGUGAUAAUCAUCGACGGCCCUGCUUUCUGCAUCCACGGCCGUGGGUUCGAUUCCCACUACUGGAAAAUAUUUGUGUGAUGAGCAUGAGUGUUUUCCAGUGUCUGUAUGUAUUUAUACAUUAUAUAAGUAUUUAUAUGUAUAUUUAUUUAUUUAUUAUCUUUUAUAUUUCAACGAAGUGAGCUUGUUUCUUCAUUAUCUGCCGAUGUAGAUACAUCCACUCCAAACCAAGCCAAACAUACUCGUAGGCCUCCUGUAACCUGAGAGGACCUCCAAAACAUCCAGUGACUCCCAACAACAACACGCUUGAUGCCUCGGUUCAUCUGAUCAUCAUGAGCAGUUAAUAGGCACAGUCAUUCUCGGCCAGCGCAUUCCAACGUAGACUGCAUCUUCGUUUACCACCCAGGUGUGAAUUUAUGUACCUAUAUAAUAGCAAAAAAAUAUGAUAAAGAAAGACAGAAAAUUCAAGACCCAUCAUGUUUUAUGCAGGAACCGGCAACAUGUAUUAUUUAUCGUUUUGUUUUACAUGUUUUGUGAUGCUCUAAGUUGAAAAAAUAUGACACCGGAGAUCUUAUAUUACGGUUUCAGUUCCCUUUCCGAUAAAGAUUAGUCGGCUGCCGUUGCCUUGUAACAUAAGCCGUCGCGAAGUAACGCCAAACCUUUGCAGUUUGCACCUCUUAGGCCAAUUUUAUUAGAAUCUUGCAGAUGAUUUUUCUGUUUUGUGCACAAACAUAUUAGUGACGUAAACUACCUACUUUUCAUGUAGGUAAAUAAAGGAAAAAAACCCCGAAUAAAUUGCUCGUUUAAAGGUAUUCCAGACGAAAUGCUUAGAAUCAAAAUGACGGGAACAGUUCAACUUAAUGUGAAAAGAUUCAAAGGAACGUGUAUACAGGAAGAUAAAUUACUGAGCAUCAAUAACAUGCCCCACGCGAAAUCAUUACCAAUAAUAGGCACACGAUUAGAUUUUUUUGCUGCUGGAGGUGGACUAAGGUUGCACGAAUACAUAGAUUCUCGACAUAAGCAACUGGGUAAUAUUUUUGCGGAGCGACUUGCUGGAAGCAUAGAACUCGUUUUUAUAAGCGAUCCCUUGCUUAUGAAAUCACUUUUUAUUAAUAUGGAAGGUAAAUACCCUAUGCAUAUAUUACCGGAUCCUUGGGUAUUGUACGAAAAAAUUUACGGCUCACAGAGGGGUCUCUUUUUUAUGAAUGGCGAAAACUGGUUGCACAGUCGUAGAAUAUUAAAUAAACAUUUGCUGAAGGAAGGUACUGAAAAUUGGAUAAGCGUUCCUGUAAUAAAGAGCGUACAAGAUUUUGUAGAAAAACUGAAAGAAAAGUUGAACAAUGGUUACAAAAUUGAAAACUUGGAGACGGAAUUAUAUAGACUUUCAACAAACGUACUUGUAAGUAUUCUACUUGGAGAAAACUCAAUGCAACGUAGUCAACACUACGACAAAAUGUUAAGUAUAUUUUCGGAAUCUGUAAAAAAAAUAUUUCAAGACACUACAAAACUGUACGGUUGGCCAGUAGAAUGGUGCCAAUAUUUCAAUUUAAAAGUAUGGCGAGAUUUUAAGGAUUCUGUAGAUUUAUCAUUACAUUUAGCUAAAAAAAUGGCUUUUGAAAUGAUCAAAACCAAAGACCAACAUUCAGGAUUAAUACAUAAAUUGGCGCAAGAAGAUUUGGAAGAUGAAAUGAUAGCACGGAUAGUGGCAGAUUUCAUUAUAGCUGCAGGUGAUACGACUGCUUAUACAGCAUUAUGGAUAUUUUUGUUGCUUUCGAAAAAUGAGGGCGUUGUAGAAGAAAUUCGUACAAAAGAAUAUACUGUAAAGAAUGUGAUAAAGGAAGCAAUGAGAUUGUACCCAGUAGCUCCAUUUUUAACUAGGAUAUUGCCUAAAGAAACUGCAUUUGGGCACUAUAAACUUAAACAAGGAACUCCAAUUAUAGCAUCAAUUUACACAUCUGGACGUGAUGAACAAAACUUUAGUAAGCCAGACAUGUUUUUGCCCUACCGCUGGGACAGGAAUGAUCCUCGCAGAGAAAAUAUUGUCAAUCAUAUCCCUUCAGCAUCUUUGCCAUUUGCCAUGGGUACUAGAUCUUGUAUAGGGAAAAAGAUAGCACAAGUUCAACUGACAGAACUUGUUUGUCAGGUCAUCAAAAACUUUGACAUUAAAUGUAAAAACUGUAAGGAUGUGAAGGCUCUGACUUCACAAGUAUUAGUACCAGACAAACACUUAGAAUUUGAUAUCACAGUAAGAAAAUAAUAUAUAAAUGAUUGUUUUAAAAUUUAUACUGGAUAAUUGAAUUUAUAAUAAAGAAAUUAAAAUA